GCUAGGUAAGUAAACUGUAGUAAAUAUUGACUGCUGACCUUGUUCUAUUUACUUGAAGAUACAUCUACUAUUGCCGCUGCACGUUUGCUGGUUCAAAUGGGCUACUUUUGGCAUCGUAACAAUAAUCUCUUAUAUACUUCUGCUCCUUCGUGGCACACAGUUUAUGUCAAACGAGUACACAAAAAGCCAUGGUUUAAAAAACAAUACAAAACAACCGCAUCAGCGCAACGUUCUAGCAGGUACUGCGGCAUUAACAAAAAGGCACCCAAGAUUGUUCGCUCCACUUGACCCAUUUCCGUUCUCCAUCACUGAGCAAAGUGAUUAGCUAAAUAUCAGCAAAAUAAAACUAAAACCUUUGCAAUGCUUAUGCCAAUGAUAAGCAGGAGAGCACCACGACCGAUCGAUCAUGUGGAGUCAUUCGCCGUCAGUCGGCGCAAGAGCACAGAUCGUGUAGGUUCCAGUGGCAUUUGGUUGUCGGUGUUGUUUGAUUGUGGAAAAAAGCCUACCAGCAGGCUCCAUACAAUAGCCCAAAGUUUUGUCGCAACGCGAGGCGUCAUCUGACGAAUGCGCAAAAGAAGCUUCUGUUUGCGCUCGAUUGAUUCUUUUGCGUCGGAUUCGCAGGUUGAUCAGCGCUAAAGCGCGUCAAAGUAAAAAAUUACACCCGAAAAUCGUAAGCAGCAAAAGAUUAGGUAGAGAGCGUGGGCCUUGCAGAUCAGACGCAGAUCGUAUUUAGGGCCAAAGCGCUCAAACCGGCCGCAGUAAGACGCUGUCCCAAAUUAAUGAAUUUUGUCGCAUAUAUACAACGGGUGGCACGCGACUGGAGGGUAUAUGAUUAAUUAAUGUUUUAUUUCCUAACUCGAUGGGUCGUCCCUUAUCAACGUGUGCCUACUUGAACAAGCGCGCCCUGUCGCGCGUCCGGCACACAGACCGAAAGCCAAGCGAUAAGACGGGACCCCGGCCAUAGGAGCACGCGUUCCUGGUCAGGCCUCUGUGUUUUCGGCUAAGCUAAAAAGCUGGGUGUAGGUUGUGGUUUUAUUGCAUUUCUAAAAAGCUAAUAAAACUAAGCAGUGGCAAAAAAGGGCACUCAAAUGAAGGAAAAAAAAGUUCAAGGAAGGCAACGAUGUUCGCAUAAACAACAUGUCGUGAUUGAUUCUUUCUUUCUUUUUUUGUGGUUGUUAUUUUGCUAUGUCUAAGAAGCUCAUUUCAUCUGGCUUUAACUACUGUGGUUGGCGUCAUUAGUCGUUGUUUUUUUGCUGUUGUUGUGCUGUAUAUUCCCUUUAGCUGUCUUAGCCCGACGUUACGUUUGCAAUCUUUUUGGUUGCUUUUUUUUAAACCGUAUUUAAUUUAAUUUUAUUUUUCCAAGAAGCGCGCUGUAGACGAAACUUCCUUGCAGAUGUUUUUUUACAGCGAUUUUGGCCCGAUUGGUCCAAUUCGUCUCUUUAAAUCUUUCUUAGGGCAACGGUUUAAUUUACGGAAAAUGAUUAGAGCGAAAUAAUGAUGUGAGUAACGAGUCCUUGAAAAAGUAUUUCAACUAUAAAGAGUAAGGAACGGCCCCGUAGUCGAGUGAGCCACCGUCGUUGAUCGAUUGUGCAAGUAUGUUCUAGAUAUUAGAAGAAUUCUAACGAUUUUUUGAAACAUUUUCAGACAGAGCGGCUCAGCGGGAAUGUCUUCUUUAUUUACUAAUACAUUUCCUUGAUAAUGAUGGACAAUCGGAAGAAAAAUAAAACAUUCCCAAAUAAACAAUGCAAGCAGAGGUUUCAACAAAACCUCCUACCAAAAUCCGCUCCCAAUGUGUGACACUGUAAGCACUUCCCAAAAAUCAGCCGAUUACUACCAACGCUCUAAUCAGUGUGCACCCGAGCAAUGGGGGGGAAAAAGUGCUCUCCGUACGGAAUUAUCGAUGCAUAAUCUUACCUACAGAAGGAUGAUUUAUAAAACACGGCUAAAAAAGCGGUCCUCGCCGGCGAGUCUACAGAAUAAUUGCCACAUAAUCAACGGUACAUAAAAACGCGACCCCAGUACAAAUUCCAUGAUACCGGCGGGAGGCACUCGGAGAAGCCGAUCGAGCUGCUGGGCCUUCUUCUACGUUGCCUUGGAAUCAAUCGAAAAAGUUAACAUAAAAUGGACAUUUUGGGCUGCUCGCCUGAUAAGCCCGGUACACGAUCCAACGAUCUCUCUCUCUCUCUUUCUCUCCUUCUCUUUCCUUUUCUCACUCUCGAUUAGCAGGAUGUUCAGUAGUCCUGUGUGGAGCGGGCUAGUAGUCUGUGACCAACAUCCAACCAGACCGGUGGGCCCGAACAGCGCACACAGCCCGGUCUCCUGUCGUUGUAGUUUUGCCGAAACUUUUGUUUUCCUAUUUAAACGCAACAUUUUUUUGUUUGUGAACGUGUGUGAACGACGAAGCUUCGCUCUAUUGCGGAUCAAUUCGUCUGAAGUGAAUUUGUUUGUUUGUGUUACUCAUACAACGGAAAAAUGGACGAUGUUUCUGUUACGCCUCUAAGCUGUCUGUUGGCUCUGUGGCGAUCGUUUGAGUGUGUGUUGUGACUGCUUUUCAAGGUUCAAUGAACGGGAUUAGUUUUUAAUAGCCCAGUUUUUUUUUUUUUUUUAUUCAGAAAGAACGGCUUUGGCCGUAUUGCUUAAUAGCCCAGUUAAUGUAAGCAAAAUCGUCCUCAGGUGGUAAAGAGAACGAAGAAUUGAGUGCGAUAAAUAGCGUAUUGGAUGGAUUGUAAUUGAUGCUGUAAUUACAGCUCAGUUUUUGGCACGCGAGAAAUCAUCAUCCCCCGAGUGUAAUGUCUGCGCGGGAAGCGGUCGUCUCGACCGCCGUGUGCUGCACUGUUGAUAACCUCGACGGUAUGCCAGGCGUAACCGUAGCUCAGCACGAAGUUGCCGCCGCCGCCGACGACGAUGUUACCCUAAUCUGGCAGAAUUUGACCAUCACGCCCAUCCGCAGCAAGCCCGGGGCUGGGGAGCAGCAUCCGGUACUGAACGACAUAAGUGGCACCUUGCAGCCGGGCACGCUGGUGGCCCUCAUGGGACCGAGCGGAGCCGGCAAGACCACGCUCAUGUCCGCCCUAGCGUACAGGAUGAGCGACAAAAUGACAAUUGCCGGCGAUAUUCGCGUCAACGGAUGCCCGAUCGGACCGUACAUGUACAACAUCAGCGGAUACAUCUAUCAGGACGAGCUGCUGCCGGACUCGAUCACCGUGCAGGAGCAUCUGCAGCUGAUGGCCAACCUGAAGCUCGGCAAGAGCGUGACGGCCGAGCGGAAGCGCGCCAUGAUCGCGCACAUACUCUCCCGCACGGGGCUGGAGCGGUGCGCCAACACGAAGAUUGCGGACGCCACCGGCAUCGGCAAGACGCUGUCCGGCGGCGAGAAGAAGCGGCUCGCCUUUGCGGUGGAGCUGCUGUCCAAGCCAAAGUUCCUGUUCUGCGACGAGCCGACGACCGGGCUAGACUCGUACAGUGCGCGCCAGCUGGUCGAGAUGAUGAAAUCGCUGACCCGCACCGGCACGACCGUCCUGUGCAGCAUCCACCAGCCGGCGGAGAAGCUGCUGUACGAGUUCGACAGCCUCAUACUGCUGACCGGUGGGCGGACCGGGUUCAUCGGCGCACCCUCCGAGGCGGUCCAGUUCCUGCGGUUGCAGGGUUUGGAGUGCGAGGCCGGCUACAACACGGCCGACUUUCUGCUCAAGGUGCUGUCGAGUACGACGACCACCACCAGGAAGGGCAACCAGUUCACGACGGGCGCGAUCGGGCCGAAAACGAUCUGCAACAACUACAGUGCCAGUGAGGCGGCCCGCCGCCAGGAGGCACUGAUCAGCAUGGAGCUGUACCGCACGACCGUGGACAGUGGCGGGGAUGAGGCAUUUCGAAGGCGACUUACCGAGAGCCGCGACCGCUGCUGGUUCUACACGCUCUACUGGCUGAUGUACCGGCACGUGCUCCAAUCACACCGGAAUCCAAACUUGCAGUAUUUUAAGAUCGUGCAGCGAAUCGCUAUCGCGGUGCUGGUUGGACUCUGCUUUUCCGACGCGAUCGAGCUAUCGCAGCGAGGCGUCCAGGCCAUGCAGGGUGUCAUAUUUCUGAUCGUCUCGGAAAACACGUUCCUGCCGAUGUAUGCCGCCCUGUCGCUGUUUCCCGAGCGUUUCCCACUGUUUCAGCGCGAGAAGAAGGCGAAUCUCUACAGUACGGCCCAGUUCUACAUCUCCACCAUUAUGUCGAUGACACCGUUCGUUCUGCUAGAGACGUGCGCAUUCAUCCUGAUCGUGUACUUCCUAGCUAAUCUUCGACCGACGCUGCUCGGCCUGCUCGUCACCGUGGUCGUUUCCGUGCUGGUGAUGAACGUGUCGAUCGCCUGCGGGUGCUUCUUCUCCGUCCUCUUUCCGACGGUCGCCUCCGCCAUGUCGUACUUGGUGCCGUUCGAUUACAUUCUAAUGAUCACGUCGGGGAUUUUUAUCAAAAUCUGGUCUAUGCCUACAUGUUUGCAAUGGAUGCCGUUCAUUUCCUGGAUGAUGUUCGCCAGCGAGGCCAUCUCGAUCGCCCAAUGGGAUGGUGUGAAGAGUAUCGAAUGCUCCAACAUCAUUCCGAGCGUGUGUCUGCACAACGGCGAGCAAGUGCUGGAUCAGUACUCGUUCAGCAGGCAGCAUCUGAGGACGGAUCUGGUGGUGCUGGUGGGACAGUACUUUAUUUAUCAUCUGAUGGCAAUGCUGUGCUUGGCAAGGCGAGUGUCCCGCAAUUAAACAAUGCAUAGCUAUACAGUUUUAUGUUCUAUUUGUAUUAAAAAAAACUAACGUUAACUGUGGUUCCAAUAAAGUCUAGCCGAAAAAAAAAAA